CUUUGAUACUUUACUCUUUUUCUUGGAAUAGAAUGGGACAAGGGCCAAGUAAAGAGGAUUAUUUAAUCGGAUACACAAAAGAUGAGGAACAAGUGACGUGGAAAGACAUCGAACUGGAUAAACAACAACAGAUAGUUCACCUUUCUAAAAGAAACCUUUACUCUAUCACACCUCAUAUUGGAUUAUUUACCAUGAUGAAACGAAUAGAUCUUUCACAUAACAGCAUACGUUGUAUACCAGAAGCAAUAGGUCAUUUACAACAUUUGGAAUACCUGAAUUUAUCACAUAAUCAUUUAAUGGAGAUACCCGAUACAUUAAGCCAGUUAUCGAGACUAAAAGAACUAGACUUAUCCUAUAACAAACUACAGCGCAUCACACGGUUUAUUGGAGACCUCGACAGAUUACAGUCCAUUAACCUAGAGCAUAACCAACUGACUGAACUCCCCUUUACCAUCGAAGGGCUUUUAUCACUGACCACACUUGACGUUUCGUACAACCCAAUCAUCAUUCUGCCCGCUCCGCUGAUCCAGUUACCUUACCUACGUCGUAUUCAGCUCGAUGGUUGUCCACUGACAGGAUCUGUAGACUUUCUAAACACACCAUAUAACCCACCAUCACUGGUCGAGAUUUGCGCUCGAUUGAUGACAACAGCACAGAUCGAAUGCCCACUGACAGAGACAUUGGAUCAGUAUGUGUCCUCAUAUGAGAUCUGCAAUCACUGUCGCGGUCCUUACUUUGAAUCCUUUGUGUCCCGAGGUCGAUGGAUUAAACGCAACGACGUUUGGAUCCCGCUAGAGUAUCGGCUUUGUUCGGCACAUUGGCUUGAUGAAUCGGAUAGAGUGAUUGCGACGUUUGCAACAGCCGUGUAUCCGCGUGCCUCGUUCUGCAAGAAGCAGCAUCGAUCAGUGUUUAAGGUAUGGAUGAAGCACACGGCUAGUUCGAAGUCAAGGUAGCUCAUGGCUUUUUUUUUUUUUUUU